UGGCUGAACGAGAAGUUCGCUCCGGAGCUGCUGGAGAGCAAAGCCGAGAUCAUCGAGUGCGUUGUGGAGCAGCUGGACCACAUGGAGGCAAACCUGAAACGGGCAAAGGGAGGAGACUUGAAGGUCAGCGUUCAUCGCAUGGAGAUUGAAAGGAUCCGCUACGUGCUCAGCAGCUACCUGCGGUGUAGGCUGGUGAAGAUAGAGAAGUUUUUCCCCCAUGUCCUGGAGAAGGAGAAGUCUCGAGCUGAAGGGGAGCCUUCCAUUCUGUCACCAGAGGAGUUUGCUUUUGCUAAAGAGUACAUGGCAAACACAGAGACCUAUCUGAAAAACGUGGGCCUGAAACACAUGCCACCCAACCUGCAGAAGGUGUCUCUCCUAAAAUCAGUUCCAAAGCCCAACCUGGACUCCUUCGUGUUCCUGCGGGUGCUGGAGCGGCAGGAGAACAUCCUGGUCGAGCCAGAGGUUGAUGAGCAGAGGGAGUACACCAUCGACCUGGAGGAGGGCUCACAGCAUCUCAUCCGCUACAAGGUCAUUGCCCCGCUGGUGGCGUCGGGAGCGGUGCAGCUCAUCUGA